AUGAAGAGACAAGUCGGCCUUCCUUCAAAGGGAAAUAGAUAUCGAAUACGAAGAGACAGUACGAGGUCAAAGGGAAAUAUAGUGACGAAUAUGCGCUAUAUCAAAGCCGAGGUCAGCGAAAUAGGAGAGACGGAAUCAAGAGACGUUUCGAGGUCAAAGGAAAUAGAGAGAUGGAAUACUCUAAGAGCAGGCCGAGGUCAAAGUGGAAAUAUAGUGACGGAAUAUGAAGAGACGUCGAGAACAAAGGAAAUAGAGAGAUGGAAUACAAAUAUAUUGAAAAUGCAGGCCGGAAAUAUAGUGACGGAAUAUGAAGAGACAAGCCGAGGUCAAAGGGAAAUAUAG